AUGACUGCAACUAUCGACCAAGUCUCCGAAAAGACCUUUGAUUAUAUCAUAAUUGGAGGAGGAACGUCUGGGCUUACAUUGGCGACACGUUUGUCCGAAGACCCCGCAUUAUCUAUCCUCAUUCUUGAAGCCGGUGCUGAUAACUUGAACGAUCCCGCCAUAUUAACACCUGCGGCCUACGGUAGCCACUUCGGGAACCCGUCUUACGACUGGGCUUUCAAAACUGAACCUCAAGCAAACGUCAAUGGACGCUCUGUUCCUUGGCCUCGCGGCAAAGGCCUUGGUGGAAGUUCUGCUAUCAACUUUUUCCAAUAUCAUCUGGCUAACAAAGGAGAUUAUGACGCUAUCGAGAAAUUGGGAAACCCUGGAUGGAACUGGGAAUUGUUCAAAAAAUAUCAACUCAAAACCGAAACCUUCAUUGAGCCUGAAGUCAAGGACCAGUCCAUAAACUAUGACCUCGCUCAUCAUGGAAAUGAAGGUCCAUUGACUGUCAGUCAUGCCUUAACUCUCUCAGGUCUCGAGAAGCCGUUCAACGAUAGCUUGGUUAAGUUCGGCAUUCUACCUGCGCCAGAACCAAAUACGGGAACUUGGCUAUCACCGCUCACAAUCCAUCCCAAAAAUCGAAUUCGCUCAUACGCUGCCAAUUCCUAUUACACACUCGCAUCAUCACGGCAAAAUCUCACCGUCCUUACAGGGGCUCACGUCGUGAGACUGGAGUCAAGAAAGGACGGCAACCUCUUAACAGCUACGGGCGUCACCUUUAUUUACGAUAAACAGACGCAUCUAGUCAAAGUUGGGAGGGAGGUGGUUCUAUCUUCAGGUGCUAUCCUCGAUCCGCAAAUACUUGAGUUGUCCGGCAUAGGCGACAAGAAGCUGCUUGAGAAACAUAACAUUGAAGUCAAGCUUGACCUCCCUGGAGUUGGCAGUAACAUUCAAGAGCAUGUGUUUUUUACAGCUACUCAUGAAAUCCGCGAAGAUAAGAAAGAAGAGGUCCAAACUUUUGACAACCUGCAUGAUCCGGUUGAAAGAGAAAAACAAAUUGCACUUUUCCAAAAAGAAGGGAAGGGCCUUCUCGGCUUAGCCAUCAACAUCAUGGCAUUUGUCCCUCUGUCACAGCUAAGCCCCGACUCAGACACUAUCUAUACCCAGCUCAAGAAAACAGUCGAUGAGGGUAUCGCCUCUGGAAAAUACUCUUCUUUGCAAAGGAAACAAUACAGGCUACAGCUCGAAGCCCUGAAGAGAGGAUCACCGAAUUGUGAAAUUAUCCUUGUGCAAGGCGCACCGGCCAUUCCGGGCCUAGCCAAACCUGGAAAGAAAUACGGUGCCUUUUACCUUUUACUGAACCACCCAUUCUCUCGCGGGAGUAUUCACAUCAAGUCCGCCGAUCCUAUUGAUUAUCCUGCUAUCGACCCUCACUACUUCGAGGAAGAAUACGACAUCCACUUACUUAUUGAGCUUUUCAAGUUCAGUCGUCGUCUCGCCAAAACCGAGCCUUUACAGAGUUAUCUUCUAGAUGAGGUGCAUCCUGGGCCCGAGUGUCAAACUGACGAGCAAAUCGCCGAUUUUAUCAAGACCUAUUUGGUCACUACAUAUCACACCAUUGGCUCCUGUUCCUUGCUUCCUCUGGAAGAUGGCGGAGUUGUCGACACGAAACUCAAAGUGUAUAACACCACCAACAUCCGCGUUGUCGAUGUUUCGAUUCUUCCGCUGCAUAUAGGCGCACACCUCCAAGCUACGGCAUUCACUAUCGGUGAAAUUGCGGCCGACAUUAUCAAAGGAAAUGUUUAA